GAACCGGAGACCACAGCAGAUGCCAACGUUAAGCAGCAACGCAUUCAAAGUUUCUGUUUUUCAAUGCUCCAACUGGAUUUAAACAUUUAGUUUCAAUUUCCCUGGUCGUAUAUAGAGCCAUGAAAGCAAUUUCAAAGCUUAAAAGAAUGGCAUCAUCGGCUUCGCUUUCGCUAUCACGUCCUUUCUCUCUCGCAGCCAUUGGGUCCAGGGAUGUGUCUGCAGGCUCCUUCUCUCUGCUUGACGAGUUCACCAACUUCUGCUAUCAGCGAGACCUCCCAAGAGCCAUGAAGGCCAUGGACGCCAUUCAAAGACACGGCAUCUGGGCCGAUUCUAUCACCUAUUCGGAGCUAAUCAAGUGCUGCUUGGCUCGCCGGGCUCUCAAAGAAGGCAAGCUCGUUCAUAACCACGUUUUUUCAAAUGGGCACCGGCCCAACACCUUUCUCACCAACAUUCUCCUCAAUAUGUACGUAAAAUUUUCCCUCUUGGACGAAGCACAGGCCUUGUUUGACCAAAUGCCUGAAAGGAAUGUUGUUACGUGGACAACCAUGAUAUCGGCUUACAGUAAUGCUAAGCUCAAUUACAAGGCCUUGGAGUUUUUGAUUCAGAUGUUAAGAGAAGGCGUCAUGCCUAAUAUGUUCACGUACUCUUCAGUUUUGAGAGCCUGCAAUGGAUUGUCGAAUCUCAGACAGCUGCAUUCCAGCAUACUUAAAGCUGGAUUAGAAUCUGAUGUAUUUGUUCGAAGCGCUCUUAUUGAUAUUUACUCAAAAUUUGGUGAGUUGCAUGACGCACUGGGCGUUUUCAAUGAGAUGGUGACUGGAGAUUUGGUCGUUUGGAAUUCUAUCAUAGGUGGAUUUGCUCAAAACACUGAUGGAGACGAAGCCUUGUAUCUGUAUAAGAGCAUGAAGAGAGCUGGUUUCCCACCUGAUCAGUCAACGCUAACUAGCGUUUUGAGGGCCUGCACCGGAUUGGCGCUUCUGGAAUUGGGCAGACAAGUCCAUGUUCAGGUAUUGAAGUUUGAUCAAGACCUAAUCCUUAAUAAUGCACUUCUGGACAUGUAUUGCAAGUGCGGCAGUUUGGAAGACUCAAACUAUGUUUUUACUAGGAUGUUGGAGAAGGACGUAAUCUCUUGGAGCACAAUGAUUGCUGGGUUAGCCCAAAACGGUUUCAGCCGGGAGGCACUGAAUUUGUUUCAAUCCAUGAAAGAGUCGGGAGUAAAACCAAACUACAUAACCAUUCUUGGGGUUCUUUUUGCCUGUAGCCAUGCCGGUCUUGUAGAAGAUGGGUGGUACUACUUCCAAUCGAUGAAGAAACUUUUUGGGAUCGAUCCAGGAAGAGAGCAUUAUGGUUGCAUUAUUGAUUUACUUGGAAGGGCUGGGAAGCUUGACCAAGCAAUUAAGUUAAUUCAAGAAAUGGACUGUGAAGCAGAUGCUGUGACAUGGAGAACCUUGCUUGGUGCAUGCAGGGUUCACCGGAAAGUGGAUCUAGCCAUACAUGCUGCCAAACAAGUUCUAAAACUGGAUCCUGAAGAUGCAGGAACCUACAUAUUGUUAUCUAAUAUAUAUGCGAACUCUCAAAGGUGGGAUGAUGUUGCAGAAGUUAGGAUGACCAUGAAAGCUAGAGGAAUCAGGAAAGAACCAGGCUGUAGCUGGAUUGAAGUGAACAAAAAGAUACAUGCUUUUAUUUUAGGAGAUAGCUCGCAUCCACAAAUAGAUGAAAUCAACAGGCAGCUAAACCAGUUGAUUCAUAGAUUGAUGGGACUGGGUUAUGUCCCUGACACGAAUUUUGUUUUGCAAGAUCUUGAGGGUGAACAGAGGGAAGACUCCCUGAGGUACCACAGCGAGAAACUGGCGAUCAUCUAUGGUAUGAUGAUGCUAUCAAGGGAGAAGACUAUCAGGAUCAGGAAAAACAUCAGGAUUUGUGGAGACUGUCAUAUUUUCGCAAAACUAAUAUCAAAGAUGGAGCAGCGAACUAUAGUGAUUAGAGAUCCUAUUCGGUACCAUCAUUUUCAGAAUGGGCUCUGCUCUUGCGGGGAUUAUUGGUAGCACAAGGGGAAGAGUGCGUGAGCUCUUAUUGCCUACAUUUCCUGGGAGUAUCAAUAUAAACAGUGGAAAUAAACCAUAAAAUUGCUGGACUCCCAGGACAACUGCACUCCAGACGGUCACUGUCAUCAAAAGCUGUAAAUGACCUCUGAUCUAAAAUAU